AUGAGCCUGUUCAAUUUAGACCGUUUUCGUUUUGAGAAAAAUACCCCGAAGAAAGAUGGUGCGAGUAAAGAAGAUCCCAAAAGCCCAGACUCAGAGAAGGAAAACAAGCCAGCGAAAACGAAGCCUGUCAAAACCUCUUCCAAGCCCAGCCCAGCAGGAGUCGUAUAUCUAGAUUCAGAGAGUGAAAAUGAAGAGAUUGUUUAUGCGUCAGAAGUGGCCUCGUCAAAUUCCAAAAAAUCAACCACAAAAUCCAAGGACUCUUCAAAACAAACUACAAUGGAUUCAAAGGAGCCCCUUCCCCCUAAGGAAGAGGAGAAAAUCAACAAAUUGUUGGCAAUGUUUCCUCAGUUGAAUAGAAAUCAAGUUAAAGAGGUGAUUAAGAGCACAACUACACUGGACGGAGCUGUUGCUUCAUGUUUAUUGAAGUUUGGUGACAAAGACCGGGGUAAAAAGAGGAAGGUUGAAGGGUCCUCAAGUUCUGACAAGGAUGUUGAUCAACCAGCAAAAAAGAAAAAGGAGUCCGAGGUGGAACUUGAAAACUGGAAUAAACAAGAGGAUAUGGUCAGACGACUACAGAGGAAGUUUCCUGACCAAGAUAAAGAAGAGCUACGAUCAGUGCUUGAAGAACAUGAGUGGAACUACACUGAGGCACUUCAAGUUCUGCAGAUGUUUUCCGACCCAGAAAAUGCAAGCAGUAGUUCUCUGGAGUCUGGAUGCAGUAAAUCUAAAAAGUCUUCAGAUAAAGAAGGCUCCAGUGGCAGUGAGGUUACGAUGGACAGUGAGGAUGACGUUUCAGAAGUCGUAGGGAAUUCGGAUGACGCCAACUCGGAAAGCACAAGACACAGUUCGGAUUCAGAAUUAGAAGAUGAGGAUAACAAAUCCAAACUUUCAAGGGUCCAGUUGCUGCAGAAAGGCACUGAACCAUUAAAAUCCUCCUCGAAACCAAAGCCUGCAUCACAGGAUAGACUCACCAGUGCCAUUAGCCUGGCCAAGAAGGCAGCAGAAGAACGGAAGAGGCGAGUCCAGGCUAAAAGUCAUGCCAAAGAAGUCAGCUCUGAGGAAGAUGACUAUGAGGAAGAUGAAGAGGGGGGUGACAGUAGUGACUACGACGAUUCUGAGGAUGAGAUGGAAACCCGAAAGGGUCCGACAGACACAAAGACUGAAAUGCUAACGUUCUUCAAUGAAGCCACCGUAGACGAGCUGACUCUCAUCUCCGGCUGCUCUGUGAAGAAAGCACAGAAAAUCAUGUCACUGAGGCCCUUCGACAGCUGGGACAAUCUGGGGGACUAUAUUCAUAAGGACAAUGGACUUUCGGAGGACUUAUUGUUGGGUUGUAAAAUUGUCCUGAAAGAGCGAAAGGUGGUGCUUGGUCUCAUGUCAAAAUGUGAGACAAUUUCUUCAAAGCUCAUUAAACAAGUCUCACAAGUUAUGAAGAAUGACACUCAGUCCAACAAACAGCCCAAACUACUUGGCCCAUGCCUCCGAUUGAAACCAUAUCAACUUAUUGGUGUCAAGUGGCUGAUGCUGUUGAAUGAACACAAGCUGAGCUGUAUCCUCGCUGAUGAAAUGGGAUUGGGGAAAACUAUUCAAACCAUUGCAUUUCUUGCUCAACUUUAUGAAAAUGGAAUGACUGGGCCACACCUCAUUGUUGUCCCAUCUUCCACACUAGAUAACUGGGACAGAGAACUGAAAAUGUGGUGUCCAAAGUUGAAUGUUGUGGUUUAUUAUGGCUCUGCAGAGGACCGGCGCUACCUCAAAUGUGACAUCCUGAAUCGAGAUAUUGAAUUUGAUGUCAUUGUGACAACAUAUAAUGUGGCGAUUGGGAAUGACAGCGACCGCAGCCUUUUCCGGAAACUGCGCCUUGUUUAUGCCAUCUUCGAUGAAGGUCACAUGCUGAAAAAUAUGAACUCUCUGAGAUAUCGCCAUCUAAUGGCAAUCAAUGCUAAGCACCGUGUGCUGCUCACCGGGACUCCAGUGCAGAACAACCUGUUGGAGCUCAUGUCUCUGCUUAAUUUCAUCAUGCCCUCCAUGUUCUCCGACUCAACCUCUCAGCUCUCCAAGAUGUUCUCACAGAAAUCAUCUGAGGUAGAGAGUAAAUUUGAGAGACAACGCAUUUCACAAGCCAAAAGAAUCAUGAAACCAUUCAUCCUUAGAAGAGUGAAAACUGAAGUCCUCAAACAGCUCCCAGACAAAGAAGAAACCAUUGACUUCUGUUCCAUGAGUGAGAAGCAGGAAGAACUCUACAAGGCACUUUUCAAAAAACUCAAGCGAACAGUUCCAGGCGAGAAGCGAGAGCUGGCCAAUGUGAUGAUGCAGCUCAGGAAAAUGGCCAAUCACCCACUUCUACAUCGACAAUACUACACCAUAGAUAAACUCUGUGCUAUGAGUAAACUUAUGCUAAAGGAGCCCACACAUUUCGACGCUGAUGCUGCUUUGAUUCAGGAAGAUAUGGAAGUGAUGUCAGACUUUGAGUUGCAUAAUCUGUGCAAACGGUACACCUCCCUCAGCUCAUACCAACUCGAGACUGAUGUUAUACUUGACUCUGGGAAAUUUAGACACCUUGCCCAGCUGCUGGGAAACAUUAAGGAGAAGGGCAACCGUGUGGUGUUGUUCAGUCAGUUCACCAUGAUGUUGGACAUUGUGGAAGUAUUUCUGAGGCACCAUCACCAUGGAUACGUUCGCCUGGAUGGAUCAACGCCUAUUGCAGACAGGAUUGUUCUAAUUGACAAGUACAACAAUGACAAGGAAAUAUUUGUGUUCUUGUUGUCGACGCGAGCCGGUGGCCUGGGCAUUAACCUCACCUCAGCCAACGUUGUCAUCCUUCAUGAUAUCGACUGUAAUCCCUACAACGACAAACAGGCAGAGGACCGGUGCCAUAGACUGGGACAGACUAAGACUGUUGAGGUAAUCAAACUCAUCAGCAAAGACACAAUAGAAGCGUGCAUCCUUCAACUUGGUCAAAGGAAACUAAAGCUGGAACAAGAUAUGACUGCAACAGACACAACAAAUGAGGGGACCAUCCCAGAGGACAUGGCCUCAUUGCUCAAAGCAUCACUGGGACUCUGA